CGCGCGCAAGAGCCAGCUCGGACCCCGGGCCGCUGCCGCCAUCACCGCCGCCUGCCCAGUCGCCCCUCAGCCGCUUCUCCUCGCCAUGGAGGCGAGGCCGCCGCCGCCGCCGCGGGGCUCCCAGCCGCGGGCCGGGCGGCGGCCCUGAGGGCGUGUGGCGGGCCGAGACGCCGCCGCGGAACCGAGGCGGAGCCGCCGUCCUCGUCCCCAGCGGUCCCGCCCAGCGCCGGACUCGUUGCAGGUGACACAACUUAAAAAAGGUAUUUAUGGAAUUCCAAUGAAUGGCGAUGGAUGAUGCAGUUCAAAUAACUAAGGUCAGCAUGGAUUCCUGCUUCAUUCUUUUUCUGCUUGGCAGUACUCUGAUACAUGUCAGUGCCAACAAUGCAACCACAGUUUCACCUUCAGUAGAUGUUGCAAGAUCUUUUGAAACAUUGGCAGUAAAAGAAGAGACCAAAACUUCAAAUCCUACUUCUGCAGUUACUUUUUCCGUGAUACCAACAUUCAGCCCAAAUCUUACUCUGGGAUCCACCUAUGUAACCACUGUCAAUUCUUCAGACUCUGACAAUGGGACCACAAGAAUACCAAGCACCAAUUCUGUAGUCACUACAAUUUCACCAAAUGGAACAUGGCUUCCAGAUAACCAGUUCACAGAUGCCAGAACAGAACCUUGGGAGGGGAAUUCCAGCACUGCAGCAGCCACUGUAAAAACUUCCCCUCCUUCAGGUAAUUCUGACUCGAAGGACAGAAAAGAUGAGACGCCAAUUAUUGCAGUGAUGGUGGCCCUCUCCUCUCUGCUAGUGAUCGUGUUUAUUAUCAUAGUUCUGUACAUGUUAAGGUUUAAGAAAUACAAGCAAGCUGGGAGCCAUUCCAAUUCUUUCCGCUUAUCCAAUGGCCGCACUGAGGAUGUGGAACCCCAGAGCGUGCCACUUCUGGCCAGAUCCCCAAGCACCAACAGGAAGUAUCCUCCCUUGCCCGUGGACAAGCUGGAAGAGGAGAUUAACCGGAGAAUGGCCGAUGACAAUAAGCUCUUCAGGGAGGAAUUCAAUGCUCUCCCUGCUUGUCCUAUCCAGGCCACCUGUGAAGCUGCCUCCAAGGAGGAAAAUAAGGAAAAAAAUCGAUAUGUAAACAUCUUGCCUUAUGACCACUCUAGAGUCCACCUGACACCAGUUGAAGGAGUUCCAGAUUCUGAUUACAUCAAUGCUUCAUUCAUCAAUGGCUACCAAGAAAAGAAUAAAUUCAUUGCUGCACAAGGACCAAAAGAAGAAACGGUAAAUGAUUUCUGGAGGAUGAUCUGGGAACAAAACACAGCCACCAUCGUCAUGGUGACCAACCUGAAGGAGAGAAAGGAGUGUAAGUGCGCCCAGUACUGGCCAGACCAAGGCUGCUGGACCUAUGGGAAUAUCCGUGUGUCAGUAGAGGAUGUGACCGUCUUGGUGGACUACACAGUGCGAAAGUUCUGCAUUCAGCAGGUGGGCGACGUGACCAACAGAAAGCCACAGCGCCUCAUCACUCAGUUCCACUUUACCAGCUGGCCAGACUUCGGGGUGCCUUUCACCCCGAUCGGCAUGCUCAAGUUCCUCAAGAAGGUGAAGGCCUGUAACCCUCAGUAUGCAGGGGCCAUCGUGGUCCACUGCAGUGCGGGUGUAGGGCGAACAGGUACCUUUGUCGUCAUUGAUGCCAUGCUGGACAUGAUGCAUACAGAGCGGAAGGUGGAUGUGUAUGGCUUUGUGAGCCGGAUCCGGGCACAGCGCUGCCAGAUGGUGCAAACAGAUAUGCAGUAUGUCUUCAUAUACCAAGCCCUUCUGGAGCAUUAUCUCUAUGGAGAUACAGAACUGGAAGUGACCUCUCUAGAAACACAUCUGCAGAAAAUUUAUAACAAAAUCCCAGGGACCAGCAACAAUGGAUUAGAGGAGGAGUUUAAGAAAUUAACAUCAAUCAAAAUCCAGAAUGACAAGAUGCGGACUGGAAACCUUCCAGCCAACAUGAAGAAGAACCGGGUUUUACAGAUCAUUCCAUAUGAGUUCAACAGAGUGAUCAUUCCAGUUAAGAGGGGUGAGGAGAACACAGACUAUGUGAAUGCAUCCUUCAUUGACGGCUACCGGCAGAAGGAUUCGUACAUUGCCAGCCAGGGCCCUCUUCUCCACACAAUUGAGGACUUUUGGCGAAUGAUCUGGGAGUGGAAAUCCUGCUCUAUCGUGAUGCUAACAGAACUGGAGGAGAGAGGCCAGGAGAAGUGUGCCCAGUACUGGCCCUCAGAUGGACUGGUGUCCUAUGGAGACAUCACAGUGGAGCUGAAGAAGGAGGAGGAGUGUGAGAGCUAUACUGUCAGAGACCUCCUGGUCACCAACACCAGGGAGAACAAGAACCGGCAGAUCCGGCAGUUCCACUUCCAUGGCUGGCCUGAAGUGGGCAUCCCCAGCGAUGGAAAGGGCAUGAUCAACAUCAUCGCAGCCGUGCAGAAGCAGCAGCAGCAGUCAGGGAACCACCCCAUCACCGUGCACUGCAGCGCCGGGGCAGGACGGACGGGAACCUUCUGUGCCCUAAGCACAGUCCUGGAACGGGUGAAAGCAGAGGGGAUUCUGGAUGUCUUCCAGACGGUCAAGAGCCUGCGACUGCAGCGGCCACACAUGGUCCAGACACUGGAACAGUAUGAGUUCUGCUACAAGGUGGUGCAGGAAUAUAUUGACGCAUUCUCAGAUUAUGCCAACUUCAAGUAAGAGUCAGUGAGACCAGUGAACAGGAGAAUUGCCUUUAAUAUUUUGUAAUAUUCUGUUUUGUUAAUAUACCCAAAUUGUGUAUAUAUCUUAUAACUGUUUUAGAAAUUGGUACAUAGGCUUCUAUUACAUUAGGUGGAGAUUUUAUAUGUAAAUGUGUUAGCACUGAUAGUCCUUUUUCCAAUGUUUUAUUGGGGAAUUAAAUAGUGUGAUGUUUGGAUU